CCUUCCUCCCGGUCAGCCCCGAGGUGAUGAAGCGGCGGCGAGGGGGUCUCAUCGACCAGCGCGACAUCAUCAAGGCCCACGAGGCGCACAAGAUGCAGAGCACCCCGCAAGCGCGGCGCAAGGAGUGGGAGAUGGCUCGCUUCGGGGAGGCAGUGGUCGCCAGGCCGGGGUCGGGCGAUGGAGACUCGGACCAGAGCAGGAACCGGCAAGGAACCCCCGUGCCGGCCUCCGGGCCAGCGGCCGCCUACAAGCAGUCGAAAGCGCAGAGGGCGCGGACUAUGGCUUUGUAUAACCCUAUUCCCGUCCGGCAGAACUGUUUCACCGUCAACAGAUCCCUGUUCAUCUUCGGAGAAGAUAACAUUGUCAGGAAAUACGCCAAGAAGCUCAUCGAUUGGCCGCCGUUUGAGUACAUGAUCUUGGCCACCAUCAUUGCCAACUGCAUCGUCUUGGCCCUGGAGCAGCACCUUCCUGAGGAUGACAAGACCCCCAUGUCCCGCAGACUGGAGAAGACAGAACCGUAUUUCAUUGGGAUCUUUUGCUUUGAAGCCGGGAUCAAAAUCGUGGCCCUGGGGUUCAUCUUCCAUAAGGGCUCGUACCUCCGCAAUGGCUGGAAUGUCAUGGACUUCAUCGUGGUCCUCAGUGGCAUCCUGGCCACUGCGGGAACCCACUUCAACACACACGUGGACCUGAGGACCCUCCGGGCCGUGCGUGUCCUGAGGCCCCUGAAGCUCGUGUCAGGGAUUCCUAGCCUGCAGAUUGUGUUGAAGUCCAUCAUGAAGGCCAUGGUGCCCCUUCUGCAGAUCGGCCUUCUGCUCUUCUUUGCCAUCCUGAUGUUCGCAAUCAUUGGCUUGGAGUUCUACAGUGGGAAGUUGCACCGAGCAUGCUUCAUGAACAAUUCAGGUAUUCUAGAAGGAUUUGACCCCCCUCACCCGUGCGGCGUGCAGGGCUGCCCAGCUGGUUAUGAAUGCAGGGACUGGAUCGGCCCCAACGAUGGGAUCACCCAGUUUGAUAACAUCCUUUUUGCCGUGCUGACUGUCUUCCAGUGCAUCACCAUGGAAGGGUGGACCACUGUGCUGUACAACACCAAUGAUGCCUUAGGAGCCACCUGGAACUGGCUGUACUUCAUUCCCCUCAUCAUCAUUGGAUCCUUCUUUGUUCUCAACCUCGUCCUGGGAGUGCUUUCCGGGGAAUUUGCCAAAGAGAGAGAGAGAGUGGAGAACCGGAGAGCUUUCAUGAAACUGCGGCGCCAGCAACAGAUUGAGCGCGAGCUGAACGGGUACCGCGCCUGGAUAGACAAAGCCGAGGAAGUCAUGCUUGCUGAAGAAAAUAAAAAUGCCGGAACAUCAGCCUUAGAAGUGCUUCGAAGGGCAACCAUCAAAAGGAGCCGGACGGAGGCCAUGACACGAGACUCCAGCGAUGAGCACUGUGUCGACAUCUCCUCCGUGGGCACACCUCUGGCCCGGGCCAGCAUCAAAAGUGCAAAGGUGGACGGGGCCUCCUAUUUCCGGCACAAGGAGAGACUUCUGCGAAUCUCUAUUCGCCACAUGGUUAAAUCCCAGGUGUUUUACUGGAUCGUGCUGAGCCUUGUGGCUCUCAACACCGCCUGCGUGGCCAUCGUCCAUCACAACCAGCCCCAGUGGCUCACCCACCUCCUCUACUAUGCAGAAUUUUUGUUUCUGGGACUCUUCCUCUUGGAGAUGUCCCUGAAGAUGUACGGCAUGGGGCCUCGCCUUUACUUUCACUCUUCAUUCAACUGCUUUGAUUUUGGGGUCACAGUGGGCAGCAUCUUUGAAGUGGUCUGGGCAAUCUUCAGACCUGGUACAUCUUUUGGAAUCAGUGUCUUGCGAGCUCUUCGGCUUCUGAGAAUAUUUAAAAUAACCAAGUACUGGGCAUCCCUGCGGAAUUUGGUGGUCUCCUUGAUGAGUUCCAUGAAGUCCAUUAUCAGUUUGCUCUUUCUCCUCUUCCUGUUCAUUGUCGUCUUUGCUCUCCUAGGAAUGCAGCUGUUUGGAGGCCGGUUCAACUUUAAUGACGGGACUCCUUCAGCGAACUUUGACACCUUCCCUGCAGCCAUCAUGACUGUAUUCCAGAUCCUGACAGGGGAGGACUGGAACGAGGUCAUGUACAACGGAAUCCGCUCCCAGGGCGGGGUCAGCUCAGGCAUGUGGUCCGCUAUCUACUUCAUUGUGCUCACCUUGUUCGGAAACUACACACUGCUGAAUGUGUUCUUGGCCAUCGCUGUGGACAAUCUGGCCAAUGCCCAGGAGCUGACCAAGGAUGAGCAGGAAGAAGAGGAGGCCUUCAACCAGAAGCACGCGCUGCAGAAGGCCAAGGAGGUCAGCCCGAUGUCUGCGCCCAACAUGCCUUCCAUCGAAAGAGACAGAAGGAGAAGACACCACAUGUCGAUGUGGGAGCCACGCAGCAGCCACCUGAGGGAGCGGAGGCGCCGGCACCACAUGUCGGUGUGGGAGCAGCGCACCAGCCAGCUGAGGAGGCACAUGCAGAUGUCCAGCCAGGAGGCCCUCAACAAGGAGGAGGCCCCGCCCAUGAACCCCCUCAACCCCCUCAACCCCCUGAGCCCCCUCAACCCACUCAAUGCCCAUCCCAGCCUGUACCGGAGACCCCGGCCCAUCGAGGGCCUGGCCCUGGGCCUGGGCCUGGAGCGGUGUGAGGAAGAGCGCGUCAGCCGUGGGGGGUCCCUCAAGGGGGCCGGGGGGGACCUGUCGAGCGCCCUGGACAGCCAGAGGAGCCCCCUGUCCCUGGGCAAGCGGGAGCCGCCAUGGCUGGCCAGGCCCUGUCAUGGGAACUGUGACCCCACCCAGCAGGAGGCUGGUGGUGGAGAGACCGUGGUGACCUUUGAGGACCGGGCUAGGCACAGGCAGAGCCAGCGGCGCAGCCGGCACCGCCGUGUCAGGACGGAGGGCAAGGAGCCCUCCUCCGCCUCCAGGAGCAGGUCUGCCAGCCAGGAGCGGAGUCUGGAUGAAGACGCGCCUGCCGAGGAGGAGAGGGACUGCGAGUCCAGGGGCGGCCACGGGGGCAAGGAGCCCAUGAUCCACAAAGAGCGAUCCCAGGACCUAAGGAGAACCAACAGUCUGAUGGUGUCCAGAGGCUCUGGGCUGGCAGGAGCACUCAAUGAGGGCACAACUUUAAGGAAGCUUGACCCUCCUCUGUCCCCACUCUGGGGCCAGUCUCUGGCCUUGGGCGUAGGUGAGAGCAUGCUGUCCGAGGGCUUAUGUCCAUCUGUUCCUCUUGCAGUUAGCAACAAGACUGAUGGAGAAGCCAGUCCGUUGAAGGAAGCAGAGAUCAAGGAGGAGGAGGAGGAGGUGGAGAAGCAGCAGCAGAAGAAGGAGAAGCGUGAGACGGGCAAAGCCAUGGUGCCCCACAGCUCCAUGUUCAUCUUCAGCACCACCAACCCCAUCCGCAGGGCCUGCCACUACAUCGUGAACCUGCGCUACUUCGAGAUGUGCAUCCUCCUGGUGAUCGCAGCCAGCAGCAUCGCCCUGGCGGCCGAGGACCCCGUCCUGACCAACUCGGAGCGCAACAAAGUGCUGAGGUAUUUUGACUAUGUUUUCACCGGCGUGUUCACCUUUGAGAUGGUUAUAAAGAUGAUCGACCAGGGCCUGAUCCUGCAGGACGGGUCCUACUUCCGGGACCUGUGGAACAUCCUGGACUUCGUGGUGGUGGUCGGUGCGUUGGUGGCCUUUGCUUUGGCGAAUGCUUUGGGAACCAACAAGGGGCGCGACAUCAAGACGAUCAAGUCGCUGCGGGUGCUCCGGGUGCUGAGGCCACUGAAGACCAUCAAGCGCCUGCCCAAGCUCAAGGCCGUCUUCGACUGUGUGGUGACCUCCUUGAAGAACGUCUUUAACAUCCUCAUUGUCUAUAAGCUCUUCAUGUUUAUCUUUGCUGUCAUCGCAGUUCAGCUCUUCAAGGGCAAGUUCUUUUACUGCACGGACAGCUCCAAGGACACCGAGAAGGAGUGCAUAGGCAACUACGUCGAUCAUGAGAAAAACAAGAUGGAGGUGAAAGGCCGAGAAUGGAAGCGCCACGAGUUCCACUAUGACAACAUCAUCUGGGCCCUGCUGACCCUCUUCACCGUCUCCACGGGGGAAGGGUGGCCUCAAGUCUUGCAGCACUCCGUCGACGUGACCGAGGAAGACCGGGGCCCGAGCCGCAGCAACCGCAUGGAGAUGUCCAUCUUCUACGUGGUCUACUUCGUGGUCUUCCCUUUCUUCUUCGUCAACAUCUUCGUGGCUCUCAUCAUCAUCACCUUCCAGGAGCAAGGGGACAAGAUGAUGGAGGAGUGCAGCCUGGAAAAGAAUGAGAGGGCGUGCAUCGACUUCGCCAUCAGUGCCAAGCCGCUCACCCGCUACAUGCCCCAGAACAGACACACCUUCCAGUACCGCGUCUGGCACUUCGUCGUGUCUCCGUCCUUUGAGUACACCAUCAUGGCCAUGAUCGCCUUGAACACCGUCGUGCUGAUGAUGAAGUACUACUCUGCUCCCUGCACCUAUGAACUGGCCCUGAAGUACCUGAAUAUCGCCUUCACCAUGGUGUUUUCCCUGGAAUGUGUCCUAAAGAUCAUUGCAUUUGGCUUCUUGAACUAUUUCCGAGACACCUGGAACAUCUUUGACUUCAUCACCGUGAUCGGCAGCAUCACAGAAAUUAUCCUGACAGACAGCAAGCUGGUGAACACCAGUGGCUUCAACAUGAGCUUUCUGAAGCUCUUCCGAGCCGCCCGCCUCAUCAAGCUUCUGCGCCAGGGCUACACCAUCCGAAUUUUACUCUGGACCUUCGUGCAGUCCUUCAAGGCCCUCCCCUACGUCUGCCUUUUGAUCGCCAUGCUUUUCUUCAUCUAUGCCAUCAUUGGGAUGCAGGUGUUUGGAAACAUCAAAUUAGACGAGGAGAGUCAUAUUAACCGGCACAACAACUUCCGGAGUUUUUUUGGGUCCCUCAUGCUCCUCUUCAGGAGUGCCACCGGGGAGGCCUGGCAGGAGAUAAUGCUGUCGUGCCUCGGGGAGAAAGGCUGUGAGCCGGACACCACCGCGCCGUCGGGGCAGAGCGAGAGCGAGCGCUGCGGCACCGACCUGGCCUACGUGUACUUUGUCUCCUUCAUCUUCUUCUGCUCCUUCCUGAUGCUCAACCUGUUCGUGGCCGUCAUCAUGGACAACUUCGAGUACCUGACUCGGGACUCGUCCAUCCUGGGGCCUCACCACCUGGACGAGUUUGUCCGUGUCUGGGCGGAGUACGACAGAGCCGCGUGUGGCCGCAUCCAUUACACUGAGAUGUAUGAAAUGCUGACUCUCAUGUCACCACCGCUAGGCCUCGGCAAGAGAUGUCCCUCCAAGGUGGCAUAUAAGAGACUGGUCCUGAUGAACAUGCCAGUGGCUGAGGACAUGACCGUCCACUUCACGUCCACACUUAUGGCUCUGAUCCGGACAGCUCUGGACAUUAAAAUCGCCAAAGGUGGCGCAGACAGGCAGCAGCUAGACUCGGAGCUGCAGAAGGAGACCCUGGCCAUCUGGCCCCACCUCUCCCAGAAGAUGCUCGACCUGCUCGUGCCCAUGCCCAAAGCCUCUGACCUAACCGUGGGCAAAAUCUAUGCAGCGAUGAUGAUCAUGGACUACUAUAAACAGAGUAAGGUGAAGAAGCAGAGGCAGCAGCUGGAGGAGCAGAAAAACGCACCCAUGUUCCAGCGCAUGGAGCCCUCAUCUCUGCCUCAGGAGAUCAUUGCUAACGCCAAAGCCCUGCCUUACCUCCAGCAGGACCCCGUUUCAGGCCUGAGUGGCCGGAGUGGAUACCCUUCGAUGAGUCCACUCUCCCCGCAGGAAAUAUUCCAGUUGGCUUGUAUGGACCCAGCCGAUGAUGGACAGUUCCAGGAACAGCAAUCUCUGGAGCCAGAGGUUAGUGAAUUAGAAAGCGCGCAGCCCUCUAACCAUGGCAUCUACCUUCCUUCGGACACCCAGGAGCAUGCGGGAUCGGGGAGGGCGUCCUCUAUGCCACGCCUGACUAUGGAUCCCCAGGUGGUGACGGACCCUAGCUCCAUGAGACGCUCAUUUUCCACUAUCCGGGACAAGCGUUCAAACUCCUCGUGGCUGGAGGAGUUCUCCAUGGAGCGAAGCAGCGAAAACACCUACAAGUCGCGCCGCCGGAGCUACCACUCCUCACUGAGGCUGUCAGCCCACCGCCUGGGCUCCGACUCCGGCCACAAGUCCGACACCCACCGCUCAGGAGGCAGAGAGCGGGGACGAUCGAAAGAGCGGAAGCACCUUCUGUCCCCUGACGUGUCCCGCUGCAACUCUGAGGAGCGAGGGACCCAGGCAGACUGGGAGUCCCCAGAGCGCCGUCAGUCCCGGUCUCCCAGCGAGGGCAGGUCACAGACCCCCAGCCGACAGGGCACGGGGUCCCUGAGCGAAAGCUCCAUCCCCUCCGUCUCUGACACCAGCACCCCAAGAAGAAGUCGUCGGCAGCUGCCCCCUGUCCCUCCCAAGCCUCGGCCCCUCCUUUCCUACAGCUCCCUGAUGAGACACAGUGGAAGCAUCUCCCCACCUGCUGAUGGAAGCGAGGGUGGCUCCCCACUGGCCUCCCAAACUCUGGAGAGCAGUGACGCCGGCCUGCCUGAGUCUUCCAAUCCGCGGCACGCGCCGCAGGGCCUGCGCCCCUCCCCACAGCGCUACAUCUCCGAGCCCUACCUGGCCCUGCACGAAGACUCGCACGCCUCGGACUGCGGCGAGGAGGAGACGCUCACCUUCGAAGCCGCCGUGGCUACCAGCCUGGGCCGCUCCAACACCAUCGGCUCUGCCCCGCCCCUGCGGCACAGCUGGCAGAUGCCCAACGGGCACUAUCGGCGGCGGAGGCGCGGGGGAACUGGACCAGGCAUGAUGUGUGGCGCUGUCAGCGACCUCCUGAGUGACACGGAAGAGGACGACAAAUGCUAGAGGCUGCUCCCCCCUCCGAUGCAUGCUCUUCUCUCAUGCGGGGAAAACCAAGACCCGAAUUGGGAAGCCGGUGCGGCCCGGGGGGGAGGAAGAGGGAGGAAGGAGACGGAUGGAAGGACACGGUGCGCUAUCAGAGAAGAGGAAGGAAAGGAUGAGAGGAACACCAGUCCAGCCCACCGAAUCGCUUUGUUUCCCUGUGCAGGAUGGGCACUGCCAUAGUUCUGCCUCUCUGCUGGGGAAAGAACACACAAGAACACGGAGGGUUAGUCCCAGGGGAGAAGGGACACGAGGAUGGCUUUGCUUCCCCUUGCCCCUGCCCACUUUUCUACAGCCCAGGCAGGACCGAGCCGGCCUGCGUCCACGCCCGUUGCCCUGAGAAGCCUGGAAGACUUUGUGGCUCUUAACUGAGGAGUCGUGAAGACGCUAGGAGAGGAACCUUGUCCCCUACCAGCUCGUGUUCCUCAGCCGGUGCCACUGCCACCAGGGUGACUGCAGCAGCAUCUCAUGUGUGACCCUGCGGCUUGCUUCCGCCAGAGAAGCACAGGCUGAGUUCAGGAUGCCAGGGGUAGGAGGCGGGGAGGGAGGAGGAAGGAGAAGGCCUCUGGUGCUGUGGCGGCAGCAGCGAGGGCUGGUCUGGAUGAGCAAAGCCAUAGUCCGGCAGCCCAUGCCGUAGAGGAGGGGACCAAAGAAGCAGAGAGUCGGUGGUGCUGGGCGGGGCCGUCCUGUCAGCCACUCAGGCUAAGGAGGUCCCCUGGGGUCCACAGAGGUGCCUGAGGCUCUGGUAAGGGUGAUACUGUCAAAGGAUUUAACAACCUGUGUAACCAGGCCACCAGCUGACGAGAGUGGGAUCCAGCCUCAGUGCUGGGGUGCCAUGCCACGGCGGGCCUGAGCCUUGGAGACGCUGGCCGUGGAGCAGCCUAGGGUAGGGUGAGUGUGGCACUUAGGGGGCUCCAGGCAGAGUCCGUAUUCCAACCAGCAGAGAAGUGGUCCAGUAUGUGGAACAGCAUCACGGCUACCCCAGCACACGCCGGCUGAGUGUCAUCCCAGACUCUGGUCCAGGAGGCAGAGGGCCUCUCUGCCAAGCGGCAAGGCCAGUGCAGCCGAGUGCCCGUGGCCUGGCCACUCCCCAAGAGGGCAGCACACAUAUCCAAGGUGGACUACGCACCACCUGGUAGGGACUUCCAUAGAGAUGGGAGAGGCCGGCAGAUCGAAACGAGAGAAGCUGCAGAGAGAGAGGCGGUCUGGAGGGAGGGACCUCGGUCUGGCAGCUUCUGCAGCUGGUUUGUGGUUGAGGCUCAGCAGGUCAGGGGACUGCAAGGUGAUUAGUAAACAUACCUCAGCACAGACGCCAGCUGCUCUUCUAGCAAAGCUGGCUUGGAUGGGCCUCAGCGCACAGUGUGACAGACCUGGGCCUUAUCCCUGCCCCGAGUAGGCACUGAGCAGGAGACAGCCUCAGGACAUCAUUCCUAACCCCCAAAACUCAGAUGCAGGGAGAAAAAGAGAGCCCUUUCUUGGCUGAUCAGCGCUCCUUUUUUUUACGUAGAUUGUCCGCUCAGUAGACACACACCAUCCCCUAGGUCCCUCUCCAUCCCCAGCACUGUCACUGAGGUGGAAGGUUCUCCUGGAGCAGGGACCAGGCAGGGCCCCCCUUUCCCAGCCAGGAGCAGAUGGAGCCCACCUCACAGAGCCCUCCCUGGGGAGGAUCAGAGGUCCCCGGCCUGACCUGGCAGGGGAUGAGCAGUCUGUACCCUCCUCCAGCCCAGACUCCACCUCUUGGGUAGGGGCAGUCGGUGGCCAUUAUUUUUCUAAGAAGGAGCCUCUGUUUUCUUACAAAGUUGGUUUUUUUGUUUUGUUGUUGUUGACAUAGAAAUAAGGCAUAGCUGUGUCAGCUCUGAAAAGUCAAGUUCAACCCUGUGGCUGCAGAAUCCUUUGAGAUGGCCCUGCCUUCUAGACAUUGAUGGGGCUGAAUUCAGGACCCACUGUCAGCCCCCAAACCAAAGUUAUUCUGGGGCAGGAGACCAGGGAUGCAGAGACAGAGGCCUCCUGCUCUCAAACCCUCUUCCCUUUUCACUUUGCCCCCCGACUCAGCACACGUGUGCUUGGGGUACCCGGGAAUGCAGUCUGUGACACCUGAGCCUAACAGGCCUAAUGGUUGCACAAGACUCAGAUUCUGGGCCUUGUACUGUCUCAAAGGUUCCCUCUGCUCAGCGUCAUUUCACGCCAAAGUGCUGCCCCAGGCUGCUUUGUGUGCGCAGAACUGCUUGCUUUCACCUCGGAAAUGCAGCUUUCCCAGGGGACAGGCCGACUACAGGGGGGCCGUUCUGCGCCGGCCAGAGUCUACCGCCUUGUGUUCUGAGCGAGGGAGUGUGAAGUGACACCUUACGCCGUUGCACCAGGAGGAAUUCAGGCUGGCAGAGCAGUUACCAGAAGUGGAAUUUGCCUGCACACAACAUUACAAACAUACUACAAACACAAAAUCUACCACGCCGGGAAAGCUUCCCGGACACCUGAACUCCUUAAACACGCGCGCGCGCGCACGCGCCGGGGUCCUGAACAAAGCGGCGGGAGUGUGGGUGCAGCCCUCGGCCACCUGGGCUCCUCUAGCGCUCGUGAACCUAUGAACUCAUCUUAUUCAACUUCCCCUGACCAGCACAUCGGGUUUCUUAUCCUUUAGCCUGCAUUACCCUCCUAUUAAGGCCGGAAAAUCAAAGGCAAUUUUCUGUUAAGUCACGGAACUCAUUAGCAUAAUCUUAUAAUGGUUUCCUUCCGCCUCUGAAUAAAUAGGAACCGCGAACGCCCCUCUAAUAGCCGACUGCGAGAUCCAGUCCUAGGUAGGAGGUUCUGACUUUUUCCCUUGAAAAGAGGCCCCCUUAAAACCCCAAAACCUGUGCUUCUCUUGGGAUUACAAAGUUUGGCAGCAGCUUGAGAAAUUGCAAGCGAAGUAGGACCAGUACCAGGGUUGGAUUUCACACUGAGCACCGUAGGCCCCCUGAAGAAUCUUUAGCUCCAGGCCCAGUUUCCGUUGCUAAUAUGAGUCUUCAGAGUCCCCUCAAAACCAAACAGAGGGAGGUGGUGGGGAGGGGAGGGGAAAAGAAGGAAGGAGGAGAAGAAAGCAAGGCAGAGAGACGUUCUAACUAGGUUUGUGUUUAGACAGUCCUCUCUUCCCUUAAGCCUCCGUUCGGACUUAUGGGGCGGGUGGGGGGCAUCCAUCUUUCUUUCUGUGUAUGUGUGUCCCUCUCCCUGUCUCAGUCCCCGCGGGAAAGAGUGCCAGCAGCCCUUCAGACAAGAGGGGAGAGCUCCAGGCCAAGGUGCCCUGUGAGCUGGGGUCAGGGUACAAUUACCGCCACUGUGAAGGGGCGGUACCCUUGAGCACCCCCCGGACACAACUGCCCGAGGUGGGGCUGUGUCCUUUCUAGUGGGGGAAUCUAUUUCUGUUGUGAGUUUCACAUCUCCCCAUGAGGGACUGAGAGCACUGAUGCCACGUCUCUGCAGCUGACCUCCAGGUGCUCUGGAUUUUGCCUUCCCUUGACUCUGGGACCACGAAGAGCAGACCCUGUGUUCCCUGACUCAGCCAGCACACAUCCUGGCUCACGCCCUCCCUCACAUCCACUUUGCGAUGCACCUGAAUGUCCUCUGCCCUCUGUCCUCCCAGCACAGCCCUUGUUUAUGCUGCGAGUUAGCAAUGACUCUGCUCCUGAGAUGGUUAGAUCCACCCAAUCCAAGUUUACCUGCCCCGCCUUCCUCUGCUGGACACUCUGCCAUUGCACGAUGAUUCAUUCUCAUGAAACACCACUGGGGACUCACCCAGUGAUACUCACAACAUGACCUGAAGUGGUGUAAGGUGCAGGACUGUGGCCGAAGUGUGUCUGAAGCGUCCCCAUGCUCACUGAAAACCCACUGCAGGGAAAUUAGGUCCCUCCUGGCAUGAUGGAACAAAAUUGAAUAAUUUUGG